CAGUAGUUUGCUGUCAUCCAGAUCAACAAGCCACUGUUUUAGCAGCGUUUCGAUAAACACUCUCUGUUCCUCGGUUGAUGUCAGUCGCUAGCUUUCUUUCCAGCAGGACGUUCUACGGGUGAUCAGCGAUAAGCCAUCACGAAACUAGCCAGCCACAUAGCCCCGAUGACAUCGCCCGUUCAACUUUAAGAACAACCAACGAUAGCUCGAUUUUUUUUCUACUAUAAUUUUCACGGUCUGUCAAGACUGUGACAUCCAAACAGCCAACGUCAUUUUUUUCUCCGUAUGGCUGAUUCUGUCAAAUAAACAACCGAGCUAGCAAGACCGUUUCGUCGUUAAUUGUACAACUUGUCUCGAUCGCUGACGUUAGCCAAGUUGUUUUUUUUCUUCCUUUUUUUAAACAGAGCAAUACUGUUGUUGUUGUUUUUUUAUCAAGCGACCCCUUUCUUCACCAGCCGUGUCGUCAAAACGUUCAUUUUCAGUGAACAAUUAGCUUAAAAACGACGCCAAAGCAAGCUGUUGGAGUAGUGCUAGCCUCAGCUAACUCCAAACCCUUAGCGUUACCUGAACCAUUUUUUUUAAAAACAAUCAUACAGGAGGAGGCUAGUUCGUCCGCGAGCUGAUUGUUGCCCGUUUUACGGACAUUUAACUUUGAAAUAGCCCGUUUGAUACACUGCAGGAGUUACCCGUUAACGGUCGCUUCCACCUUUUUUUUAAGUUAAAAAACAACUGUCAGAACUGCAAGCUUACUGAGAAGGAGAUCAGUGGGUAUAGAAUCCUUCAUCGGAUUUAUUAUAAUAACAGUAUUAUUGUUGAAAAUGGCGGCGAUCGGAAUGGUGCAGAUGUUGAUCGAAGCAGCCGAGUACCUUGAGCGCAGGGAACGAGAAGCCGAACAUGGCUAUGCCUCCAUGCCCCCCUUUACCAGCAGCCAAGAGAGGGAAAGCUUGAAAAGGAAAAGCAAAAGCAAGAAAAACACUAGUAGCAGGUCUACGCACAAUGAAAUGGAAAAGAACAGACGGGCAAAUCUAAGGCUGUGUUUAGAGCGCUUGAAGUCCCUCGUUCCUUUGGGACCCGACGCUAACCGGCACACCACCCUCAGCCUGCUGAUGAAGGCCAGAGAUCACAUCAAGAGGUUGGAGGAGAGCGACAGGAGAGCUCAGCACACUGUGGAGCAACUGCAGCGUGAGCGGAGGCACCUGAGGAGGCGCCUGGAGCAGCUCGGGGUGGAGAGGACCCGCAUGGACAGCACCGGCUCCAACGCGUCAGACAAGUCUGACUCCGACCAAGAGGACCUGGACGUUGACGUGGAGGGGACGGACUACCUGCUGGGCGACCUGGAGUGGAGCACCAGCAGCGUGAGCGACUCCGGGGACGAGCGGGGCAGCCUGCGCAGCGGCUGCAGCGACGAGGGCUACUCCAGCGCCAGCCUGCUGCUGCUGCAGGACACUCAGGAGAGGGCCAAGCAGAGCGGCUGCAGCCUAUAGACGGCGCCACGACUCCAGCUUCUCCCCCCUCCGCCAAUCCCAUCACUCCUUAAAUCCCCUCCUCCCCCCACUCCCCUCGCCCCUCACUCUCCAUAUAUACAACGACUGACCGAGUCUGGGGCCUCUCGGGGGGCCCUCUGUGGACUUACUGUUCCCACGAUGACUUCCUCGAAGGCCGCAUCCAGCCCAUCAUCAUCAUCAUCAUCAUCAUCGGCGGUCAGUCUUCAGGGUAUCCCCCGUUCUGUCCUGCACCAAUCAAACGAGUGGGAUUUUAAAGACACUCCAUCUCUCCAUCCGUCGGAAACGCAACUUUCAGCCAGAGAAUGUUACCACACAAUGUCCCACUGCCUCUUUUUCUAUGCCUCAAGAGCCAUGGGAAGCACUUAUGAGAUUUCACCCCAGCUUCACACAUACGUAGUCACACACACACACACACACACACACACACACACCCUUCCAUUGCCCCAGCGAGACAGAGUCCUCCCAAAGGUGUAACACUGACCCGGGGGCUUGUUUUUAUGCCCCAGUCACCAAUCAACCACCUGUGCAUGCUGUUGUGCACUUUUAAUUGCUUUUAACUAUAAUUGUUUGUUUUUUUUCUUCUACUUUUAAGAAAUGUCUGAAAAUCGUAAACGACCCCCCCCCCCCCCCCCCCUCCCCACCCCCCACUACUACUACAGCUGUUACAGGAUGAAGUGAGUGUUUUUAAAAACGUGGUCUGCUGUGCUGUAGGGACGGUAACGUGUAACAGUGUGUUGUGCUGAGCUGUUUAGGGCCGACAGCAAUACGUCCCCUUGGUGUAACUACUCCGUCCUUUUUUUUUCUGUCCGCGCCUGCCAUUCGGCAUUUGGGGUACAAAGUAACACGCAAAAAAAAAAAAACACAAAAAAACACAAAUGUGUGCAGCAUGAGAUUGUGAGCGGGCGGUGGGGAGGUUUCAGGGGCGGGUUUCGGUGUUUUCUGCCUCUCUCUGACGACGGUGGCGUUUUUUUACAGCAUCCUUUUAUCGUAAAUGUGUGUCUGUCACGUCUGAGCCUGGCGGUCACGAGCCAGUCGGGUGGGGGGGGAGACGGGAGGGGGAGACGGGGGGGGGGGCGACUUUUCAACCACCAGCCUCCCCUUCGGGCUGAACGCCGGCACACCUUGGCACGUGCUGGGGUAUAUUUCUCGUGCGCUGCUUCACCUCUGCCCCCCCCCCCCCCCGCCCCCCCCCUACCCCGUUCACCAGGUAUUAAUAGGAAGGGACGAGCAGAUCUACUGAAAGCAGUCGAGAGACUGGAGCACAUUCCAUUGGAGGGAGAGAGAGGGACGGCAGGUGAGACUCACAGCAUUAUUCUCAGACUUUAUUUAUAAAGGGUGGUCUUCAGCCUUCGCCACACACACACACACACACGGAUAAAGAGCACUAAAAUGUUAAAAGCUACAGAUUAUCCCUCCUUUGCCUUGCCCGCAUAGCUAUUUAUUGUCUCUGCGAAAAGAAAAAAAAUGUUCAUGUAAAUAGUUUACAGAAAGAUCUCUAUGUCUAUCAACAAAUGUAUUUAUUAGAUAUGCUAAAUAUAUAGAUGAAUAGAAUAUAUUUAAUUAGUCCUAGCUUCUGGUCUUCUGGUGCGUUUUCUUGGGGGAGUUGCUGAUGUGUAGUUUGUUUGCACAGCCUCGUCCGACCCAUACAGUGUGUAGACAUGUCCCUUGUGCCUCGAGGCUUCUGUGUCCAAAAUGAAAUGUUUUCUCUGUGGUUGAUCCUCAUUUUUAGCUUUCAAAGCCAUCUCGCCCUUUGGUGCGGGAAUAAAAAGGACAAAAAAAAAAAAA